AUGGAGAAGGACGAGUUGAUCUUACCGAGAUGGGUCUGUGACUACCGUGAGCUCAAUGAGGGAACUGUUCGGGACCGGACCCCCCUACCACUUCCAGACGAGAUUCUGUCGGUCUGCUCGAAGGCCCGAUUCUGGGGGAAAAUUGACAUGACUAAUUCGUUCUUCCAAACCAAAAUGGCGGAGGACGACAUCACAAAGACGGCGGUCACAACGCCAUGGGGCCUGUUUGAGUGGACCGUGAUGCCCAUGGGACUCUGCAACGCGCCAGCAACACACCAGAGGCGCGUCAACGAGGCGUUAGGGGAUCUCAUCGGGGAAGUGUGCUUCGUGUACCUCGACGACAUCACCAUCUUCGCCGACACGUUGGAGGAACACGAACGGCGAGUACGACUGGUCUUGGACGCAUUGAGGAAGGCAGACCUGUAUGUCUCACCCAAGAAAACGGAACUCUUCGCGGACGAGUGUUUCUUCCUGGGCCACCAGAUCACGCGCGCAGGCAUCAGUGUCGACCCCGAUAAGGUACAACAUAUCCAGAACUGGCCGCGACCAACGACCGUCAGGCAACUUUGGGGUUUCCUGGGCUUGGUGCAGUAUCUGCGGAAGUUCAUCGACAAACUCGCGAACUGGACGGCGAUCUUGGUCCCGCUGACGCGGAAAGGGGCGCAGGUCGAUAAGGGCUGGACAAUGGAGCACGAAAAGGCCUUCAAAGCAAUCAAGGCAAUUGUUGCCGAGCUACCGUCACUGCACCCAAUUGACCGCUCAGAAGAAGGCGACCCACUGUGGCUGAUGACGGAUGCAAGCAACCAAGGCAUCGGCGCGGCGCUGAGUCAAGGUAAAGAGUGGCAGACGGCCAUGCCGGUGGGCUAUUGGUCACGACAGUACAACCCGGCGGAACGCAACUACGUGGCGCAUGAGAUGGAACUACUGGCAAUCGUGGAGGCGCUCCACCACUGGCGAGCGGACCUGCUGGGCGUGCGCUUCAACAUCCUCACGGACCAUCACUCCCUGGCGGGUUUCAUGAAGCAAGGGAACCUGUCGCGCCGACAAGCCCGGUGGACAGAACGACUGGCAGACUACGACUUCGAGAUUGUGUAUGUGCGGGGUCCAGAAAACACAGUUGCUGAUGCCCUGAGUCGCUACUCUUUCCCGGAAAUCAACGACUCAGCCAACGUCCUGGCGGAAGCCCGACUUGACCCAGCAUUCCUUCGGGCGCUCAGGAAAGGAUAUCGAAAGGACUCACAAUGCAGACAAGCGAUCAGGAACAUCGACUCCACGCCAGGAUAUUCACUCAGGGACGGGAUCGUGCGAUUUGAAGGUCGAAUUCUACUGCCAAAGACGGGCGACUUCCGGGAGAAGGCCAUUCACGACGCACACGACGCGGCGGGCCAUUUCGGAUUGCACAAGACGUACGAUCACCUCCGCCGCAACUUUAUCUGGUCGGGAAUGAAGGAGGCGUGCAAGGAAUACGUUGAGUCCUGUUCUGUCUGUCAGACGAUGAAGAUGCAUGGCACCGGUUCUGCCGGUCGGAUCCACAACUUGAAUGUGCCUGACCGGCCAAUGCGGGAAGUUGGCCUAGACUUUGUCGGGCCACUUAUACCUAGCAACGGUAAUGAUGCACUGCUUACGGUCACAGAUCGCCUCUCAGGCUAUGUGCGACUCAUCCCAGCCAAAACGACGGCCGAUGCGGCAACGACGGCCGAGCGGUUCUUUGACGGGUGGCAUCGACACUUUGGCAUGCCGCGUGUGCUAGUCUCCGAUCGCGACAAACUCUUCACAAGCGACUUUUGGACGGCAUACAUGGGGCGGAUGGGGACCAAACUUGCGAUGUCAACGGCAUUUCACCCACAAACCGACGGGCGGAGCGAACGAACGAAUCGAACGGUGAUCCAGGUCCUGCGUACAUUGGUCAACCGUCAACAAACCGACUGGGCCAAGCACAUUGCGACCGUUGAAUUCGUGAUCAACUCGAGCCUGAACAGAUCAACGGGGAAGACUCCCUUCGAAGUGGUUUUGGGUUUCACUCCUGAGCUGACUCCAAUCAUCCCCGUGGAAGGCUCGACGGUGUCACAAGCGGUCGAGAACAUGGUCACCCAGCGGGAAGCGGCAGCAGCAGAAGCAAGGGACAAUAUGGCAAUUGCGAAGAUCCGACAGGCCGAACAGAGCAACAAGCGGCGCAAAGCAGACCCGGAGUUCGCGGUGGGGGACAAGGUAUUGGUUGACUCGCGCGACCGGCGGCUCCGGUACAAGGCGGAUGAUGAAGCUCGCUCGGCGAAGUUUUUCCCACGAUUUGAUGGUCCUUACGAAGUGCUCGCAGCGCGGCCCGAGACCUCGAACUACAAACUCAAGCUGAACCCGGGUGACAAGACGCACAACAUCUUUCACGUGUCCAAACUCCGACGUUGGGUACCAAACAACGGGGACGCAUUCCCAGGACGACACGCCGCGGAGCCACCAGCUGUCAUUGUCCAAGGGAACGAGGAAUGGGAGGUAGAACGUAUCGUAGACGCGAAGGGGAAAGGGAAGAGGAGGAAGUACUUGGUAAAGUGGAAGGGUUGGGCAGACAGCGACAACACUUGGGAACCGCGGGCACACUUGGAGGACACGGUGGCGUUGGAGAGGUGGGAAGAGAGGAGAGGAGAGGGUCAAGAUCAGGAAGGGGAGGGUGUAAGGGCGGGCGGGGGUUUAGAAUAG